AGGCUGGCGGGCUCUGCCUCUCCAUCCAGAAACCCAGCCGGCUCCCAGGGCUUUUGCCUGCUCGCGCAGUGAUGCUGGAAAGUCGCUCCGCUUAAUGAGUGAUGGUGUGAGCGAGGCAGAGAGCAGGAGCGGGGGGGGGAAGCCCAUCCGAGCCUCUCGCUAUCUGGGGGUGCCCUCGUCGUUUCCCUCUUCGGACCCCCGCCCCCCUUCAUCCUCCUCAUCCAUCUUCACUCUUCCCUCACUGUCUCCCUUUCUCCCCACCAUCUCCAAAUUGCUCCGCACACGACCAAAAGGAGGGGGGGCGACCCAGGCUGGUAGAAUUCUCAGCCUUUCCCCCUUUCUUUCUAACCCACAAACCGCCCUGCUUUACCCCACAUUUCCAAAUGCACUUCCCCACUCCGAGCAGCAAAAGAGAAGCUCGCUUUUCCAGCAAGCCAGGCAAGUUGGAUUGACAUGCCAAGGAGACCCCCCUCCCCUCUCCACGCCACCAAGCUCACCCCCUCCCUCCCUUCUGUCCUGACAACGAUUUGCCACGAGAUGCAAUGAGAUCGCUUUAAAGAACCGGAAGGAUCUGUAACUGGGCAGUAAGGAGGAACAUUCCCCCCCCCCCACCGGACAAGAAUCGGAAAGAUUCUUAACCUGGAAAGAAGACGGUUGCCUCUGUACAGUGGACGUUAAGUCUUGUGUAUGGCGUGGUUAAGGUUGCAACCUGUCACCUCAGCCUUCCUCCGGUUUGGGCUCAUUACCUUCGUGCUAUUCUCACAUGGUUUACAGGUGGAUGCUGGCACGGGGACAGACUCAUCCAGCAUAGGUCAGAACGCCACAUGCUCAGGUUCUUCUGAGUGCAAGGAGGGUGUCAUCUUGCCAAUAUGGUACCCAGAAAACCCAUCGCUGGGAGACAAAAUUGCCAGGGUUAUUGUUUAUUUUGUGGCACUGAUCUACAUGUUCCUUGGAGUCUCUAUCAUUGCUGACCGUUUCAUGGCGUCCAUAGAGGUCAUUACCUCACAAGAGAAAGAGAUUACAAUAAGGAAACCCAAUGGAGAAACUACAACCACCACCAUCCGAAUAUGGAAUGAAACUGUUUCCAAUCUGACCCUCAUGGCUCUCGGUUCUUCUGCUCCUGAGAUCCUUCUGUCAUUGAUAGAGGUAUGUGGUCAUGGAUUCGUUGCUGGUGAUCUGGGGCCUUCGACCAUAGUUGGCAGUGCAGCUUUCAAUAUGUUUAUCAUCAUAGCCAUCUGUGUCUAUGUCAUUCCUGAUGGUGAGACUAGAAAGAUAAAACAUUUGAGGGUUUUCUUUGUCACAGCUGCAUGGAGCAUCUUUGCAUAUAUCUGGUUGUACAUGAUCCUUGCAGUCUUCUCUCCAGGUGUGGUCCAGGUAUGGGAAGGCCUGCUCACUCUGUUCUUCUUCCCUGUUUGUGUCAUUCUGGCUUGGAUAGCAGACAGAAGGCUGUUUCUCUAUAAGUAUAUGCACAAAAAGUACCGUACUGACAAGCACAGGGGCAUUAUCAUUGAGACUGAGGGGGAUCACCCCAAGGGGAUUGAAAUGGAUGGUAAGAUGAUGAACUCCCACUUUUUGGAUGGAAACCUAGUGCCUAUGGAGGGGAAGGAGGUAGACGAGUCUCGCAAAGAGAUGAUCCGGAUCCUCAAGGAUCUGAAGCAAAAGCACCCAGAAAAAGACUUAGACCAGCUGGUGGAGAUGGCCAACUACUACGCUUUAUCUCAUCAGCAAAAGAGCAGAGCGUUCUAUCGGAUUCAGGCUACUAGGAUGAUGACUGGAGCAGGAAAUAUCCUUAAAAAGCAUGCAGCUGAGCAAGCCAAGAGGAGCACGAGCUUGCAUGAGGUGCAGCUGGAGGAGCCAGAGGAAUUCAUGUCAAAAAUUUAUUUUGAUCCUUGCUCCUACCAGUGUCUCGAGAACUGUGGUGCUGUCCUCCUCACUGUCGUUCGGAAAGGAGGAGACGUGUCCAAGACCAUUUAUGUGGACUAUAAAACAGAGGAUGGCUCUGCUAAUGCUGGAGCUGACUAUGAGUUUACAGAAGGAACUGUUGUUUUGAAGUCGGGGGAGACCCAGAAGGAGUUCUCCAUAGGGAUCAUCGAUGAUGACAUCUUUGAGGAAGACGAGCAUUUCUUUGUGCGCCUCAGCAACCUACGGGUGGUCGAGGCAGAUGAACCUCCUGAGCUCAACAACUUGCCAUAUCCCAAGGCCAUACUGGACUCUCCCUGCGUGGCUACUGUGACUAUCUUAGAUGAUGACCAUGCGGGUAUCUUCACCUUUGAGUGUGAUGUGAUACAUGUAAGUGAGAGCAUUGGGGUAAUGGAGGUGAAAGUCCUUAGGACAUCUGGUGCCCGAGGUACAGUGAUAGUCCCCUUUAGAACAGUUGAAGGAACAGCGAAAGGCGGUGGAGAGGAUUUUGAAGAUGUUUAUGGGGAGUUGGAGUUCAAGAACGAUGAAACUGUCAAAACUGUUCACAUCAAGGUAAUUGAUGAUGAGGAGUAUGAGAAAAACAAGACUUUCUUCAUUGAGCUGAUGGGUCCCCGCAUGGUGGAUAUGAGUUUACAGAAAGCACUCCUCCUGACUCAAGAAGUGGCAGAAAGGAAGCUGACAAUGGAAGAAGAGGAAGCCAAACGUAUUGCAGAAAUGGGGAAGCCAAUACUGGGCGAGCAUCCCAAGCUGGAGGUCAUCAUUGAAGAGUCCUAUGAAUUCAAGAAUACAGUGGACAAGCUCAUCAGGAAGACAAACCUGGCCUUGGUUGUAGGGACACAUUCGUGGCGAGACCAGUUCAUGGAAGCCAUUACCGUCAGUGCAGCAGGGGACGAAGAGGAGGACGAGUCCGGCGAGGAACGCCUGCCCUCCUGCUUCGACUACGUCAUGCACUUCCUCACCGUCUUCUGGAAGGUGCUCUUCGCCUGCGUCCCGCCCACGGAGUACUGCAACGGCUGGGCUUGCUUUGUGGUCUCCAUCCUGAUCAUCGGCAUGCUCACCGCCGUCAUCGGGGACCUGGCGUCUCACUUCGGCUGCACGAUUGGCCUCAAGGAUUCCGUGACCGCUGUUAUCUUUGUGGCCUUUGGUACUUCAGUUCCAGAUACUUUUGCUAGCAAAGCCGCCGCUGUCCAAGAUGUGUAUGCAGAUGCUUCCAUCGGCAAUGUCACUGGCAGCAAUGCUGUCAACGUCUUCUUGGGCAUUGGACUGGCAUGGUCAGUGGCCGCCAUCUAUUGGGCUUCCCAGGGAGCGGAGUUCCAUGUGUCGGCCGGCACCCUUGCCUUCUCCGUGACACUGUUCACCAUCUUUGCUUUCGUCUGCAUCAGUGUCCUGCUGUACCGAAGACGGCCUCACCUGGGAGGGGAACUCGGAGGCCCCAAAGGGUGCAGACUGGCCACAACUUUGCUCUUUGUGAGCUUGUGGCUACUGUACAUUUUGUUUGCCACCCUGGAGGCCUAUUGCUACAUCAAAGGAUUUUAAGCCUGAUCAAGCCAGAAGGGAGGGCUUCCCCCUUCCUUUGUUACCUCAUUGGACACCAAUCCUCAAAGUGUCGUCAAACCAGGAGUGACAGCUAUCCAUCAAGAUUCCAUAACUGCCCAGACUGAAGGACACCUGGGCUUUAAGAAGGGCAAAACUAUCAUCAUAAAAGUAAAGACAACAAUUAAAACAAAGCCAACCACAUCAAUCCCAACACGGAUCCCCAUCCCGUCAAAUCAGAAAUGUCAGCAGCUUUUGAAGUAGCCAUUUGUUAAAUGUUGCUGCUGAUGUCAUCAUUGUUCCUUCCUCCGCCUUACAAAAUGGAAAUCUUAUAAAUAAUUUGGGUGAUUGCUUUUGUUUUUGUUUUAAUUUAGGGGUGGUGACGCUUACUUGAUCUGUUUUCCUUUUUUUAGCACUCAGAAAGGGGCUGAAAAUGAUAAACACAUCCAAACCUCAUGCCAGCAUCAGCACUGCAGUUGAAAAUCUCUCAUUGUUUUUUUUUUUACAUUGGGUAAACAAUGUCUAUGAAAAGACUCACUCUUUUCACUUUAUUUUAGAGUUACAGUGCUAGAUUGUUGUAUUUGAAAUGCAACCACACAACACACACACACACACACACACACACGUUCAGGAGAAAUACCAUUGAAGGCUGGAGCAUGUAGUGAUCUGUUCACCUGCCUGGGCUACCAAAAAAGAAAGACCUCUAAGAAUAUUGUAUGUAACUUGUAUAUUUUGAAUAUGGCUAUUCUCUUUGUGUAAUUAACUUAAAAGCUUUUGGCACUG